CCUCUGACACUGAAGCCUGAAGACACCUCUACUGCCAGCCAACCCCUAAGCACUGGGGGUGGAAUCACAUGCUGUUUGCUCACGGGAAGAGCAUUCUGCAAACUCUAAUAUCUCAGUCAAAAGUUUCAUAGCUGGUGGACCAUGGAGCUUCUUGUGAAUGUGAACAAAUGGAUAGAAGAAAACAAAACUGCCUUUUUGCCACCUGUUUGCAAUAAGCUUAUGCAUCGCUAUCAAUUAAAUGUGAUGUUUGUUGGAGGGCCAAAUGAAAGGAAGGAUUAUCAUAUUGAAGAAGGAGAAGAGCUUUUUUACCAGGUUCAAGGAGAUAUGUGUUUGAAGAUAAUUGAAAAUGGGAAACAAAAAGAUGUUGUCAUCCGAGAAGGGGAGAUGUUCCUCCUACCUGCCAGGAUACCUCAUUCUCCUCAGAGAUAUGCAAACACUGUGGGUCUUGUGAUUGAAAGGGAAAGACUAAAAACAGAAAUUGAUGGGCUAAGAUACUAUGUUGGAGAAUCAACUAAUGUCCUCUUUGAAAAAUGGUUUCACUGUGAAGAUCUCGGCAUUCAACUUAUACCAAUAAUUAAAGAGUUUUUCAAUUCAAGGCAAUAUCAAACUGGAAAACCAAAUCCAGAUGAACUCCUGAAGGAAACACCUUUCCCACUAAAUUCCACUUCUGUUAUGGAGCCAUUUUCCUUCCCAGGCUGGUUAAAUGAUCAUCGUGGUGAAAUAAAACAGAAGAAAUCCUUGAGUAUGUUUGGAGAUAAUUUUGAAACAGAGGUUAUAGCUUAUGGACCAGGAACAACUGAGAAAAGUAAAAAGAAUUCAGAUAUCUGGAUAUGGCAGCUGGAGGGCACCUCAACUGUUACCAUGGAUGGUAAGACCCUGACUCUAUCUGCUGGUGACAGCCUGCUUGUUCGUGCCCAGUCUACGUAUAGCUGGAAAAGAACAGAAGAAUGCAUUGCUCUCUGCAUCGCUCAGGAUCCAAAACGCAAGCAGCCUUAUACCUAGCUCCUGUGUCAGUUGACUUUGAUGAUAACUAAGUUUUAACCUACUUUAGUCUUAAAGAUCUUUUAGGCAGAAUUUCUGGAAAUUUCAAGUCUAACACAAUGCUUAAACUGAAUUAAGUGGAGUCAAGUGCUGUGCCCAGUUAAAAUCUUUUCCCCCAAAUAAGGUUUUAGCAAAAUUUACAAUCACUAA